GCGUCUACUUUCCUUCAACAAUCAGUUUACUUGAGAUCAGCGCAAUAAUUGUACUGAAAAAAGUGCUUAACAGUUUAUCUAACUGGGUCAUCAUCAUUUGCAGAGGUUGCUGCUAAAUGUAAAAAAUAAAAUGUCACUGGGGCGCAAAAGUUUUUGUCUGACGAUUGGCGCUCUAUUCUUUGCCGGCUUAACGAGUAUGUUAACAGUUAGCGCAAAUGCAAUUGAAGUUCAAACAGAUGACCCAUCGGAUCGAUUGAUCCAGGAAGGUUACGAAAGAGCUACUGCUCUAGCAGAAACUGUGGUAUUUUUUAAAUCGAAAGAUGGAAAGCUUUCUGCUAAUAUUACUUUAAAUACUCAAACUGAGCUAAAUGUUACCGAUAAUGGUGAAGUUAUCAUAAAUAGCGCUCCUGUUGACACGAUAACAAAGGAUACUUCUUCAGAAGUUAGUUAUAACAUUAACAUUGAUUCUUCAGAUUCGAGUUAUUUUAGCGUUAGUGAUUCUGCAGAUUCGAGUUAUUUUAGCUUUAGUGAUUCUGUAGAUUCGAGUUAUCUUAGCGUUAGUGAUUCUGCAGAUUCGAGUUAUUUUGGCGUUAGUGAUUCUGCAGAAUCGAGUUAUUUUAGCGUUAGUGAUUCUGCAGAUUCGAGUUAUCUUAGCGAUAGUGCUUAUUCUGUUUCGCUUUCGCGAAAACUUCAAGACGAUACCUCGUUCAGAAAACUAAUGUAA